UUCGUUAAAGAGUUUAUCGGUUGGCAAUAAGACAGUCAUGAGUUUAAUCAUAUUCUGUGUUCUAUUAUUGGCUGUGGAUUUAAGUCAUGGUCAAUUGUCAAUUUUUACCACAAAUACUUAUAAUCAUACUGAAGCUCCAGAACCGCAAAUAUCUGUGGGCUCAACAGCGCGUCAAGCCCGUAAAAGAACAUUGUCGGAUAGCUGUUUAACCGAUGAAGACACGCAAGGCACUUGCAUGACACGUUUUAAUUGCAUGCUACAAGGCGGGUCUGUGAAAGGAUAUUGUGGUACCUAUGGAGUUUGUUGUGAAACCAACCUGCAAUGUGGUGCCACAUCUAAGCUCAAACGCAUCAUCAUUCGCAAUCCAGUCACGUUAGAACGAACCUGCAAUUAUCGCAUUGAAGCCUACAGUUCGAGUGUGUGUCAGUUACUGAUUGAAUUUGAAAGAUUCGAACUAAAACAACCAACACUGGACGUCGGUCAGCAAAAAUUGGACUGUACAGAUUAUUUUACUGUGGAUAAAUUUACUUUAUGCGGCGAUAAUACACAACAACAUCUUUACAUACCUUUCCGUAUGGGUGGAAAUGAGGUUGUGCAAUUGACAUUCGAACUACCAGAUCGUUGGCGGGAUACUAAGUGGCGUUUGAUCGUUACACAAUUGGAGUGCCCAGUGGCCAAAAAGCGUUCCAGCUCAAUUUUAUCUUUUGGCAAUCAAAACAAUUUACAGGAUUUGCGCACUAUAUUCAGUACACAUCAUAGUGAUUGGGAUUUAUUGGCACCAAUUGGUUGUGAUCAGUUUUAUAGAGAUAGCAGAGGUACCAUAAAGAGUUUUAAUUAUCAAACAAGUGGGAAUACUUAUUAUAUGGCAGAAACAAAUUAUGCAAUUUGCAUCAAACCUGUGAUGGGUUCCACUAUGAUUGAAUACACUACUAGAGAUUUCUCAAUGUCUAGUCGUAAUCCAAUCAAUUUAGGUUUUGAUGAAAAUUGUCAUAGUACAGUAUUUUCUGAUAAGGUGAGAAAGGAUUACUUAAUGAUACCACAAUCUCUGCUUGCAAGUAAUAUGAACAUGCAGCCAACCUAUUAUUGUGGUAACCUCGAUGGCAAUACGCAAGUCACAAUUCUAGGUGGACUUCCAUAUGUCAUGUACUUCUAUAGUGAUGAACUUACAGACACUACAGAGACAGGAUUCAGUAUUGAUUACGCUGUAAAAUAAGCUUUCACAAA